AUGGCUGAUGAUGGUGCAUCACCCCGCGAGCUGAUCGUGGAAGCCUGCCGCCGCGACCAACCUCACCUAAUUGAGCAAGUCCUGCAUGACAUGGAAGAACAAUCAAACGAGCAAGUCGCAGCAUUCUUCAAUGGAGUCACAGACACGAUGGGAAAUCACGCUUUGCAUAUCUGUGCCCAAUACGGCAGUGGCGAGACAAUGGACCACCUAUUUGACAUCCAAGGCUUCGAAUGUGACCCCAAAAACCGCCUGGAUGAAGACACACCACUGCACGUCGCAGUGCGCUACGCCGUGGAAAAAGACCGCGAGGUCGGCACUGAAAUUAUCGAGAUGAUGUGCGAGGCUGGUUGCGAUCCCCGCGUGCGUAAUAAGCAUAAUCAAUUGCCCAGUGAGCUGGCUGGGGGCAACAAUGAAAUCAAAGCGAUUCUGCAGAAGACUGCUUAUAUCAUGGCCGAGGGUCUACAGAGUAACGGCGAUGGCGCUGAGUCGGAUGGUGGGUCGGACACUGAUAUGGAAUAA